GAAUUAUCAUAUAAUCUCCCACUCCUCCUCAGUCUUCUUCAGUUCAUCAUUAUUUUGUGCUGAAAUUUCAGUUUCAGCAAAAAUAUGGCAGCAGAAAUGGCUCUCAUAAAACCCGUUUCCAAAUUCAGCCCAAGAAUUGGGAACCCAAGAAUCCCAGUGGGGAGAAGAUUCUCCACCGUCAGAAUGUCGUCCACCGCCGCCCCGUCUCCGGCAAAGCCGAAGAAGAGUCAGAAACAGGAGAUACAGGAGACCCUUUUGACCCCGAGAUUUUACACCACUGAUUUUGAUGAAAUGGAGCAGCUUUUCAACACACAAAUCAACAAGAACUUGAACAUGGAUGAGUUUGAGGCUUUGCUUCAGGAGUUCAAGACAGAUUUCAACCAGACCCACUUUGUCAGGAACAAGGAAUUCAAGGAGGCUGCUGACAAGAUUGAUGGGCCAUUGAGGCAGAUUUUUGUGGAGUUCUUGGAGAGGUCUUGCACUGCUGAGUUCUCUGGUUUUCUUCUCUAUAAGGAGCUUGGAAGGAGGCUCAAGAAAACCAAUCCUGUCGUUGCUGAGAUUUUCUCCCUCAUGUCUAGGGACGAAGCCCGCCAUGCUGGGUUCUUGAACAAAGGUUUAUCUGACUUCAAUCUGGCUCUGGACUUGGGGUUCCUAACAAAGGCCCGAAAAUACACUUUUUUCAAGCCUAAGUUCAUUUUCUAUGCGACUUAUUUGUCUGAGAAGAUUGGAUAUUGGAGAUACAUAACCAUAUACAGGCAUCUCAAGGAGAACCCUGAAUACCAAUGCUAUCCGAUUUUUAAAUACUUUGAGAACUGGUGCCAGGAUGAGAACCGCCAUGGUGAUUUCUUCUCGGCUUUGAUGAAGGCACAGCCUCAGUUCCUAAAUGACUGGAAGGCAAAGUUGUGGGCUCGUUUCUUCUGUCUGUCGGUUUAUGUGACGAUGUACCUCAAUGACUGCCAAAGAACGGCUUUUUACGAGGGCAUUGGCCUUGAUACUAAAGAAUUUGACAUGCAUGUUAUCAUUGAGACAAACCGCACAACUGCAAGAAUUUUCCCAGCUGUACUGGACGUUGAGAACCCAGAAUUCAAGAGGAAGUUGGACCGCAUGGUGGAGAUCAACGAGAAACUCCUUGCUGUUGGAGAAACCGACGAUAUCCCGUUGGUGAAGAACUUGAAGAGGAUUCCUCUCAUUGCAGCUCUGGCUUCUGAGUUAUUGGCUGCAUAUCUCAUGAAACCUAUUGAAUCUGGUUCAGUGGACUUUGCUGAUUUUGAACCACAACUUGUGUACUAAUUUUACCAUAUAAUUUCAAAUUCAUUUUCUACAUAACCGUGAUUAUUGUAUAAAAACAUGGAGCACAGAACAGAGGCAUCACUGUAAGGAUCGGGCACUUCUCUGCAGUUCCUGAAAUGCUAAUUGCUACAUCUUUUAA